GAGCGUGUUUGUGGAAGCAGCAACACGGCGCUCUUGUCUUUCCACCGGAACCAAAUCGACUCCGCUGAGUGGCUUUUAAAAAAAAAAAAUUAAACCCUAACCCUACUUGGCACUCCGCCAUCUGUGGACCGACUGAGGGUGUCUGCAACUCGUCUGCAAGAACCCGCUACCGGCGGAUUAAGCGUUGAAUGUGAGGAUGUACCACGGACGAAGCGCUCUACCAGACCACCCUAAGGACUGGAUUCUCAGGGAGUUUCUAUUUCCCGGUAAUCAGGGCGGAUUUGUAGUCCGAGUCGAGCCCCGUCAACCUUCUCCGGUCUCGGAGCUACUCUGACAGGUCAGGUCAACUUUCCUCAUCUCUUCUUCAGACCGAAGAAGGUGUUUGCCGGUUCCAGGUUCCAGACGGACAUGUGGACCAGCUUGUCCACGGGAUAUCAUAAAGAAGCAGCUGUGUCGAGUUAGGACUUGGUGAGGGAAGCAAAAUAUUUGUGGAGGGAGCCCCAGACCUUGGAGUUUGGAUGGAGGGAAUCCCUGGACUGACCGUCUAGUUAGCAAUUAGGGUCACCACCAGGUUCUCUGUGGGAGUUUUCCAAGUGGAUAUCAGACUGAAAGACCCUAUUAAUUCAUGGACCAACCACCUAGUUGGCAAUCAGGGUCACCAGCAGAGUUUCCAUGUGGAUAUCUGACUGAAAUACCUUUUUAAUCCCUGGAUUGACUGUCUAAUUAGCAAUCAGUAUCACCACCAGGUUGUCUGUGAGAGUUUUCCAUGUAGCCAUCUGACUGAAAGACCUUUUUAAUCCCUGAACUGACCGCCUAGUUGGCAAUCAGGGUGACCAGCAGAGUUUUCCAUGUGGAUAUCUGACUGAAAGACCUUUUUAAUCCCUGGACCGACUGUCUAAUUAGCAAUCAGUAUCACCACCAUGUUCUUUGUGGGAGUUUUCCAUGUAGCUAUCUGACUGAAAGACCCUUUUAAUCCCUGAGCUGACCGCCUAGUUGGCAAUCAGGGUCACCAGCAGAAUUUUCCAUGUGGAUAUCUGACUGAAAGACCUUUUUAAUCGCUGGACCGACCUCCCUGUUAGCAAUCAGGGUCUCCGCCAUGUUCUCUGUGGGAGUUUUCCAUGUGGAUAUCUGACUGAAAGACCUUUUUAAACCCUUGACUCACCGCUUCGUUGGCAAUCAGGGUCACCACCAUAGUUUUCCGUGUGGAUAUCUGACUGACAGACCUUUUUACAGGUGGUGCCACUCCCAGACCUCGGUAUUCAUCCUAAAUAUCGACAAGAAACACUAAUAAAGGAUUGAUCAGCAGGAUGGAGGUGGUAUGGACAGGUGGUGGGCCGUAGGAGUCCAACAUGUCCCACCCUGUCCGUCCCACCUGUCACCUGGACCCACACCAAAGUUUGCCCGCUGGAAGUCCCCCCAGCCAAAAGCCGGAAUAAGCGCCCGCUUUUUGACCCGUUCUUCGUUAUUUGCCACCCAAACCGCCGUCAUUUUCUCCAGCGGGUCCUUGGGCGCCUCGCGACGCCCGCCGCCGCGCCCCAUCGUCCCCUCCUCCGCCGCCCUGGGGGGAAGGGGGUCCAUGGAUUGGACCAUGGGUGGCGGGUGCCGCUAUCCGUCGCCUACCACGCCCGAACGGGAGCGGCGCUACCACCACAAGGUAUCUCUGGUGGUGCGCUACUUCAUGAUUCCCUGCAACAUCUGCCUGAUCCUGCUGGCCACGUCCACCCUGGGCUUUGCCGUGCUCCUCUUCCUCAACAACUACAAACCUCCACACUUCACGCCCCAGCAGCCUCCCGACGGCUGCCGAGGGAAGCUGUGCGGCUUCGGCGCCGUCUGCGAGCGCGACCCAGGUGACCCCGCCGAGGCCCGCUGCGUGUGCAAGAGGGUGGACUGCCCGUCCCUGGUGGCGCCCGUCUGCGGCUCCGACUCGUCCACGUACUCCAACGAGUGCGAGCUGGAGAAAGCGCAGUGUCAGAGCCAGCGGCGCAUCAAGGUGCUGCGCAAGGGACCCUGCUCUCUGAGAGACGCCUGCACACAGGUGAGCUGCAGCUACGGCAGCACCUGUGUGCAGUCCUCAGACGGCCUGUCGGCCAAGUGCAUGUGUCCUCUGGGCUGCGGGAACAGGCCGGCCCAGACGGUGUGCGGCAGUGACGGGAAGGACUACGGCAGCGAGUGUGAGCUGCAUGAGUACGCCUGCAAGAACCAGAGGAACAUCAGACUGCAGCACCAGGGACCGUGUGACCCUUGCAAAGACAGCGAGAACAGCCUAAACACGAUGUGCAGGGUGGAGGCGCUCACCCGCCGCCCGCACGUCUUUGGCUCGCCGGACUCCUGCCCCCCGGCGGGCGAGCCGCUGUGCGCCAGCGACGGUCAAACGUACCCAAGCGAGUGCGCCAUGAAGGCCACCGGGCUGCAGAAGGGCGUCAAACUCCGGAAGCUUCAUGCCGGCUGGUGCAGAAAACUGGAGGAAUGCGAGGAGGAGUGCAUCUUCAACGCGGUGUGUGUGGUGGAGCAGCCCACCUCUCGGUGCUCCUGCGAGCCCCUGCAGUGCGACGGCACCUACAGGCCCUCCUGCGGCGAGGACGGCCGCACGUACGCCAACGACUGCGUGCGGCGGAAGGCCGAGUGCCACGCCAAGACCCGCAUCCCCGUCAAGCACGCCGGGCCUUGUGAUCUGGACGCGCCCAGCCCCUGCGUGGACAAGGUGUGCCAGCACGGUGCCGUGUGCGUGGUGAAGAACGACCGGCCCGUGUGCGAGUGCCCGGAGGCCUGUCCGCAGACGUCCGACCCCGUGUGCGGCUCCGACGGGCACAGCUACGGCAGCCCCUGCGAGAUGCGUGCCAUGGUCUGCGCCCUGCAGAAGAACAUCCACAUCCAGCACAAGGGACCCUGUGAUGAGUCCUGCACCAACUGCUCCUUCGGGGCCAUCUGUGAUGUCCAGACUCAAACCUGCGUGUGUGCCACUGAGUGUGUGGAGUCCCACCAGCCCGUCUGUGGCAGCGACAGCACCACCUAUGGCAGCGAAUGUGAACUGCACGUGCAUGCCUGCAGAACACAGACGGACCUGCAAGUGGUCAGCCAGGGAGAGUGCAAGAGCUGUGGCCACACGGUGUGCUCCUGGGGGGCCCGCUGUGUCCAGAGCAAGUGUGAGUGCCUGCCGUGCUCGGACCCCUCCAUUUCUCCCGUCUGUGGGAGCGAUGGCGCUACCUACCAGAACCAGUGCGAACUGCGCCUAUCCUCCUGCCAGCAGGAGAGGAGCAUCCAGGUGGUGAAGGCCGGCAGCUGCGAUGAAGAUUGUGGCUCAGGAGGCUCCGGUUCUGGUGCUGAGACCUGCGAGCUGGACCGAUGUCGCCUGUUUGGAGGCUUGUGGGACGAGGACGCCGAGGAAGACCGCUGCUUGUGCGACUUCACCUGCCACACUGUGCCUCUCGCUCAGGUCUGUGGCUCUGACGGCAAAAGUUACAAGAACGAGUGCGAGCUGAAGAAGUCCAGAUGUGAGAAACGGGAGCACUUGACCCUUCGUCACCUGGGAGCCUGUGAAGCCCUUUCAGCCACGCCGCUGCCCGAGCCCGCUGUCCCCCAGCACUGCGCCGCAACCGUCUACGGGUGUUGCCUGGACAACGUCACCGCCGCCCUGGGAGUCGGACUGGCGGGAUGUCCAAGCAGAUGCCUGUGCAACGCGUACGGCGCCUACCAGGCGACGUGCCAGCCCGGCAGCGGGCAGUGCUCCUGCAAGCCGGGCGUCGGCGGCCAAAAGUGCGACCGCUGCGAGCCCGGCUUCUGGAACUUCCGGGGCAUCGUGACGGAGAACAUGAGCGGCUGCACGCCCUGCAGCUGCGACGCCAACGGGUCUGUGCGCGACGACUGCGAGCAGAUGUCGGGUCUGUGCUCCUGCAAAGCUGGCGUGAAGGGUAUGAAGUGCAACCUGUGUCCCGACGGAAGCAAGAUGGCCGUCAACGGCUGUGACAAAGGUCCGCAGGCUCCCACUUCCUGUGAGCAGUUACUUUGUGGUUUUGGAGCGUCUUGUGUAGAAGUCAACCAGCAAGCCCACUGUGAGUGUCCCUCGCCCGACUGUGACCAACUCAACAAGACCAAGGUGUGCGGCUCAGACGGGGUGACCUAUGCUGACCAGUGCCAGCUGAGGACCAUCGCCUGCAGGCAGGACAAGGACAUCACCGUGCAGCACUUUGGACAGUGCACAGAGAUGCUCUCCGAGCGGGAGGAGCCGCCCACCCCGACGCCCGGCGCCACAACGCUGGCCCCGUCCUUUCCCAGUAACCAGGUGUGGGCCCUCCCGCCCCCGAGAACGCACCAGACCUCGGCGCCGUCCCCCUCCACCGUGCCCCCGCCCACCAUCACCCACCGCCGCACGCAAGCAAACCACCGCCACCACUCCAUCCACACCCAGCCUCAGCUGCCACGCUCCACCGCCACAUCUCACGUUAGCCCCGCCCCCUCCGCCGCCGCCGAGAAUCUGGACGGGUCGGGCAGCGGGGAGCCCAGCGGAGACGACCAGGAAGAGGAAGUGGGCAGCGGCGUGCCGGCGGAGGCCAGCGGGGCAGAGGAGCCUUUGGGUGCCACAACAUCAGGCAGUUCUAUACCCGCCGCUGACCACGCCCCGUCAUGUGACACCUCGGACUUUGGUUGCUGUCCUGACGGUGAGACCGCGUCUAAUUCAUCGGAAGGAUCCAACUGUCCACCCACGGUGAAGUUCAGCGGCUUCCUGCACCUAGACCAGGUGGAGGGCCAGGAGAUGUUCUACACCCCCGAGAUGGAGGACCCCAAGUCCGAGCUCUUCGGAGAGACGGCUCGCAGCAUCGAGAAUGCGCUCAAGGACCUGUUCAGGAAAUCGGAGGUGCGCAGAGACUUCAUGAGCGUGCGUGUGCGUAACCUGGCGCCCAGCAACUCCAUCCUGGCCUUUGUGGAGGCUCACUUCAGACCAGACACCAAGUACUCUGUGGAGGACAUCGAGGGAGCGCUGAUCAAACAGCUGAAGGUAUCCAAGGAGACCAGCAUCGCCGUCAAGAAGCCGCUGGACCAGAAUAUUCGCUUCAACAACUAUGGUGUCACCCCCACACUCUUCUACACCACCACCACCGCCUCAGUCACCACUCCUCACUCCACCACCACCACCACCACCACCACCACCAGACGCCCAAUCACCUCUCCCUACGUCACCCGUCGCCCCCCGGGCACCACCCGCAGGCCCGGCACCAGCAGACGCACCACCACCACCCCGCCUCCGCCCGUCACCACCGCGACAGCGACGCCCGCCCCCGCCACCCCCGUGGUCCCUCUUGUGGGCGAGAGUGCACACAGGACCCCAAGACCCUGCCAGUCCCACCCGUGUCUUCACGGGGGCACCUGUGAGGACCACGCCCACCACUUCACCUGCAAGUGUCCUGCUGGUCGAGGAGGAGCGGUGUGUGAGCAAGCCAUGAAGUUCUUCAUCCCGUCCUUCGGAGGUCAGUCCUACCUGGCCUUCCAGACCAUGAGUGCAUACCACACGGUGCGCAUCGCCAUGGAGUUCCGUGCGGCCGAGCUGACGGGCAUUCUGCUCUACAACGGCCAGGAGGGCAAGAAGGACUUCAUCUCCUUGGCGCUGGUCAACGGCAAAGUGGAGCUCAGAUUCAACACAGGUUCAGGGAGUGGUGUGCUCCUCAGCAAGGUGGAGGUGACAGUGGGUGUGUGGCACCAUCUGGUGGUGACACGGAAUCGUCGCAGUGCCAUGUUGAGUGUGGACCAGGAGCCUCACGUGUCAGGAGAGUCUCCUCGAGGAACUGAUGGACUCAACUUGGACACUCACCUCUUUGUGGGAGGAGUUCCUGAUGACAUCAUGCAAGACGUCCGGGAGAGAACGGCUGUGGCCUCGGGCCUGACGGGCUGCAUCCGCCUGCUGGACGUCAACAACCGCGUGUUGAGCCUGCAGGAGAGCGGCGGCGACAGUCUGUACGGCAGCGGCGUGGGCGAGUGCGGCAACAACCCCUGCCUGCCCAACCCCUGCAAGAACGGUGCCGCCUGUCAAGUGAAGGAAGCCGAGAUGUUCCACUGUCAGUGCAGCAAAGGAUUCUGGGGUCCCACCUGUGCCGACGUCCAUGACCCGUGCCAGCCCGACAGGUGCCACCCGUCCUCCCAGUGCCAGGUGCUGCCUGAGGGAGGCUACAGGUGCGAGUGCCCCAUGGGGCGCCAGGGGAAGCACUGCGAGCAAGUGGUGGAAACGGGCGGGGCUUACAUGCCGUCCUUCAAUGGAGACUCCUACUUGGAGCUGAAUGGUCUUCAUCUCUACGGCCAUGAUCUACGCCAGAAGGUCAGCAUGACCUUGGUCCUCAUGGCCAACAACUCAGACGGCAUCAUUUUCUACAACGGACAGAAGUCCGACGGGAAAGGAGACUUCAUCUCCUUGUCGCUCAACCGAGGAUUCCUGGAGUUCCGCUACGAUCUCGGCAAGGGACCUGCCACCAUCAGGAGCAAGGAGGCGCUGCAGCUGCAUGUGUGGAACACCAUCAACUUGGAGAGAUCUAACCGUAAAGGAGAGAUGACGGUGAACAAGAAGGAUGCCGUGAGAGGAGAGGCCCCGAACCUCCACGUGGACUUGAACCUGAAGGAGUCUCUCCUAGUGGGCGGAGCUCCUGACUACAGUCGACUCGCCAGAAGCGCGGCACUCACAGAAGGAUUCGUGGGAACCAUCCAGAAGAUCCUUCUGAUGGGCACGCCCAUCCUGCGAGAGGAGAACGCCCUGCGCUCCCAGAACCUGCUCAUGUUCCAGCAGCACCCGUGCGCCAGGGCACCGUGCCACAACGGCGGGCGCUGCAGCCCGCAGAUGGACACGUAUGAGUGCGUGUGUCUCAGCGGCUAUUCGGGCGGACAUUGCCAGAACACCAUUUACGAGAAGUCUGCCGGCACGGAGACGGAGGCCAUCGCCUUUGACGGCCGCACCUUCAUCGAGUACCACAACGCCGUCACCAGGAGUGAGAAAGCUCUGCUGGUGAACAAGUUUGAGCUGAGCGUGCGCACGGAGGCGACACACGGCCUGCUGCUGUGGAGCGGCAAGGCGGUGGAGCGCUCCGACUACCUGGCGCUGGCCAUCGUGGACGGCCGCGUGCAGAUGACCUACGACCUGGGCUCCAAGCCGGUGGUGCUGCGCUCCUCGCUGCGCGUGGACAACAACCGCUGGACGCGCAUCAAAGCCAGCAGAGCACUACGGGACGGAUCGCUACAGGUGGGAAACGAGGCCGCUGUGACGGGAUCAUCGCCUCUCGCCGCCACGCAGCUGGACACUGAUGGAGCUUUGUGGUUAGGCGGCCUGGAGGAAACGGCGGCAGCUCGCCGGCUGCCCAAGGCUUACAGCACGGGCCUGGUGGGCUGCAUCAAGGACGUGGUGGUGGACGGCGUGGAGCUCCACCUGGUGGAGGACGCCCUGAACAGCCCCCAAAUAUUGCAAUGUCCCGCUGCCAAAUGAGGAUUACAAAUAAGGAAUACAUACAGGAAAACCUUUCUUCACGCCCUCCAUAGCACCUGCUGUAAUUAUUUUCUAUUUUUGUAUACUUUUCAUGGCUUUUUAUAUGUUUCUUUUUCUUCUGAUCCGGAGCUCCGUUCACACGUUCACAUCCUUUUGUUCUUUUUCAAUCCCAAAAUAACGGCUUGAAUUUAUUUCUUUAUUAUUACUUCAAUCACAGUGCCAUAUCAUUUUUCAAACAUCCAAUAAUAAGGGCAACACAGCAUUUAUUUUCAAAAUAAAACGCUACAUUCCACCAUUCGCUCACGUGAAAAUAACAUUUAAAGUAAUAAUAACUUUUCAUCUCAUAGAGCCAGAAAAAAUAUGUAAAAAAUAUUUUAAAGCUGUAUUUUCCUCUCUGACAUGAAUCCUAAACAGUCAUCGAAUAGUUUAAAUAAUUAUAAAGUUUAUAAAUGACCACUAAUAAUAAAAAUAAUAAUAAUGCAUGCAAUUCUGCUUUUUUUUUUUACUUUAUUUUAAAACCACGCGAAACCCUACAAAAAAACAUGUUUUUGUCUGAUUUAAUUUCCAAUUAGUCACUUUAUUAUUAUUAUUACUUUUAUUUUUAUUAUUAUUGUUCUGCAUUUCCCUCUCCGACACGAAUCCAAAACAUUAAGAAAAUAUUUUAAAUAAUUAUAAAGUUUUUAAAUGACCACUAAUAAUAAAAAAAUAUUUAAUAAUAAUGAUGCAAUUCUGCUUUUUUUCAAAUGUAUUUUAAAACCACGCAAAACCCUUCAAAAAACAUGUUUUUGUCAGAUUUUUUUUCCAGUUUGUCACUUUAUUAUUAUCGUUAUUAUUAUUAUUAUUAUUAUUAUUGUUCUGUAUUUCCCUCUCUGACCUGAAUCCAAAACAUUAAUAACAUAUUUUAAAUACUUGUAAAGUUUAUAAAUGACCACUAAUAAUAAAAAUAAUAAUAAUGAUGCAAUUCUGCUUUUUAUUUGUAUUUUAAAACCAUGCAAAACCCUACAAAAAACAUGUUUUUUUAUGAUUUUAUUUCCAGUUAGUCACUUUAUUACUAUUAUAAUUAUUAUUAUUUUUUUUAUUGUUCUGCAUUUCCCUCUCUGACACAAAUCCAAAACAUUAAGAAAAUAUUUUAAAUAAUUAUAAAGUUUAUAAAUGACCACUAAUAAUAAAAAUGAUUUAAUAAUAAUGACGUAAUUCUGCUUUUUUUAUUUGUAUUUUAAAACCAUGCAAAACCCUUCAAAAAUCAUGUUUUUGUCUGAUUUUAUUUUCCCGUUAGUCACUUUAAUGAAUGAAUUGAAUAAAUAAAAUGUAUAAAUGACCACUAAUAAUAAAGAUUAUAAUAAUAAUGCAUGCGAUCCGGCUUUUUUAUUUUAUUUUAAAAACAUGCAAAACCCUUCAAAAAACAUGUUUUUGUCUGAUUUUAUUUCCAGUUAGUCAAUUUAUUAUUAUUAUUAUUAUUAUUGUUUCAUAUUUUCCUCCCUGACAUGAAUCCUAAACAUUAAUCAAAUAUUUUAAAUCAUUAAAAAGUUUAUAAAUGACACCUGUACAGAACUCAUGAUGACUACAAAUAAUAAAAAUAAUAAUAAUAAUAAUAAUAAUAAUAAUAAUGCAUGCGAUUCUGCAUUAAUUUUCUUUUAAUCAUGCGACACCCUUCAAAAAAAAUGUUUUUGUCUGAUUUUAUUUCCAGUUAGUGACUUUAUUAUGAUUAUUUUUCUUGUGGGUGUAAAACAGUCAGGCGCCCUCGCAAAAGGAGAGAAUGACUCGUUCCUGCCCGGCAACAGCGACUCAUCAAUGUGAAGAAACACACACAAAAAAAAAAUGCCCAAUUUGCAGUUGUUUUCUCCCUCUGGAAAUAUGCAUAAAUCUAUAUUCCACAUUCCUGGCUGCUGAAAGAGACUGUGAGCCUUUUUGCAAGCCAUAACAAGAAGAAAAUACUAACAAAAGAUAGUAAAUAAGUAGCGCAUGUCUCUGGAAGCAUUCGGCCAUGCAGUUGCUGAUAUAAAUAAUAAUAAUAAUAAUAAUAAUAAUAAGCUGUGAUUGAUGACUUUUUUGAUAUGAAAUCUUUGGCAAUAUAUUCUAUUGAUAUGUUAUCACCUUGUUGUUUUUUUGUACAUUGUGAAUGUCGGUGUCAUGUGUGGAGGUUGAUGUUGUUUGAAACGAAUAUACACUGGUCUGUUCUAGCACACACUCAUCAUAUUAAUCCUCAUAAUAAUCACAAAAGUCUUUUUUUCCUCUGCACGUGCCGGCCAACAGGAAAGAAUUUGCCUUAAGAAGCCGCCAUGCAUAAUAAGUCCGAAUAAUGUUCAAUCAGGACAAGGGUGUGUUCCUUAUUUAUGUUGACUACUGAAGCGCCACAAACCUGCCAAAUGUUCCCAGGCAUGACCUGAACUUGACUAACUCCAUGUUCCUCUCUUCCUUCCCGCCAAUAAAAUGUCAAACAUUAUUGUUUUCGGCUCUUGUCUAUCUUCACAACAUGGACUGGCAUGAGGCCGAAAGGAAAAUAAAAACUUUUCCAGAGUUGA